CGCCUGGCAUACAUUCGCACCUUCGCACCAUCAUCACACUCUGCGUGUUGUACCCUCGUCCUCAUGUCCUCCGCAGAUCCAUCAUCAUCCGCCGCUCCAGGCGCGGGUGCACCACCACCACCAGCAGAUGGCGCUGCCGCACCUGCUCAGCCAGAACGCCCCGCUUCGCCUCAGAUUCCAGACGAUGUUCUCAACGCCCCCACAGACGAGAUCCUCACCCGUACACGACUCCUCGACAACGAUGUCAAGAUCAUGAAGUCUGAGAACAUGCGGCUCAGCCACGAGCAGGCAACUAUGAGGGAAAAGGUCAAAGAGAACGCAGAGAAGAUCAGACAGAACAAGAUUCUGCCCUUCCUCGUCGGCAACGUGGUAGAGAUCCUCGACAUUGACCCCGACGUCGACGAGGAUGCGCCAGAGAGUGGGGCAGCGCUCAGUAUUUCGCUGGCAAAACCGACUGAUGCGGCUGGCAGCAGUGGUACAGUCGGGGGAAAGGCAGGGAAGAAGGAGCCACGCUGCGCAGUCAUCAAGACAUCUACACGCCAAACCAUCUUCCUCCCCAUCAUCGGGCUCGUCGACCCUCACUCUUUGCGGCCCGCCGACCUUAUCGGCGUCAACAAGGAUUCAUAUCUGGUACUCGACAAGCUCCCCGCAGAGUACGACUCCCGCGUCAAGGCCAUGGAGGUCGACGAGAGACCGACGGAGACCUACAGCGAUAUUGGUGGGCUGGACAAGCAGGUCGAGGAGCUUGUAGAGGCAAUUGUGCUGCCUAUGCAGCAGGAGGAUCGAUUCAAAAACUUGGGCAUCAAGCCGCCUAAGGGAGCAUUGAUGUAUGGUCCGCCGGGUACGGGAAAGACUUUGCUGGCUAGAGCAUGCGCGGCUCAGACCAAGGCGUGUUACUUGAAGUUGGCAGGACCAUCCCUUGUGCAGAUGUUCAUUGGUGAUGGAGCAAAGCUUGUCAGGGAUGCAUUUGAGCUGGCGAAAGAGAAGGCUCCCGCUAUCAUCUUCAUCGAUGAGAUUGACGCCAUUGGUACUAAGCGUUUCGACUCGGACAAAUCGGGAGAUCGUGAAGUGCAAAGGACCAUGUUGGAGCUCCUCAACCAGCUGGACGGCUUCUCGUCCGACUCGCGAAUCAAGGUCAUCGCCGCGACCAACCGAAUCGACAUCCUCGACCCUGCCCUUCUCCGAUCAGGUCGUCUCGACCGCAAGAUCGAGUUCCCUCUGCCUGGGGAAAGCGCGCGUGCUCGAAUUAUGGAGAUCCAUUCGCGCAAGAUGGCGGUAGGCAGCAACGUCAACUUUGACGAGCUCGCUGCCAGUACAGAUGAGAUGAAUGGUGCGCAGCUGAAGGCAGUCUGUGUUGAGGCGGGAAUGAUUGCAUUGAGGGAAGGAGCGACGGUCCUUGAUCAUGAGCAUUACAUGGGGGGCAUUCUGGAGGUGCAGGCCAAGAAGGCUAACCCAUUGUUCUAUGUUGCGUAGAGGGAAGAGCAGAGGGAGAGGUGGCAAUGCAAUACACCAUGAUCAGAG